AUGGCCGCUGACAUCAGCCAGUGGGCCGGGCCGCUAUGCCUGCAGGAGGUGGACGAACCGCCCCAGCGCGCCCUGCAGGUCGACUAUGCCAGGGUGACGGUGGAUGAGCUGGGUAAAGUGCUAACGCCCACCCACGUUAUGAAUAGGCCCAGCAGCAUUUCGUGGGAUGGCCUUGAUCCUGGGAAACUCUACACCCUGGUCCUCACUGACCCGGAUGCUUCCAGCAGGAAGGACCCCAAAUUCAGGGAAUGGCACCACUUCCUGGUGGUCAACAUGAAGGGCAAUGACAUUAGCAGUGGCACUGUCCUCUCCGAUUACGUGGGCUCCGGGCCUCCCAGUGGCACAGGUCUCCACCGCUAUGUCUGGCUGGUGUACGAGCAGGCACGGCCUCUGAGCUGCGACGAGCCCAUCCUCAGCAACAAGUCUGGAGACAACUGUGCCAAGUUCAAGGUGGAGUUCUUCCGCAAGAAGUACAACCUGGGAGCCCUGGUGGCCAGCACGUGUUACCAAGCAGAGUGGGACAACUAUGUGCCCAAACUGUACGAGCAGCUGGAAGGGAAGUAGGGGCCUGUGGGGGCCAGCAGUCCUGGGCCCCCACAUUGUUAAGUUGU